AUGUUUUGUUGAUGUUUGAGGGAGGAAGAAGAAGAAGAAGAUAUGUAUCUUCCUUUCUUCAAUUACUCUUUCACCAGUCCACCACCGAAAAAGCAGAGGAUCAAGAAAUGUGUUUAGUCAAAUCUCUUCUAUUUCAAGUUAACAAUAAUAAUAUUAAAGUCUUCUUACAUCCGCGUUGAACUAGAUAGAUGCGACCUUCCUUUCCUUUCCUUUCCUUUCCUUUCAAAACCACUGACUGUACCAUUGCUUCUUCUUCUUCUUCCCAUCCUGACCCGCUACUUAAUCCGACUUGAGAGUUAGUUCUGUCUUUGUCUCUGGGCCGAUCGGAUGGAAAACUCAAUUCACGUGGCAGCUAUAGAGGCGCUUGGAUAUGGGUUUGAUCUCACCUCUGACUUCCGUCUCAAGUUCGCUAAGAGUUGCCCUCACGGUGGGAGGUUAGUGGAGCUAGAUGAAACCACUAACAAACGGGACAUUGUCAUUCCAGGCUCUGCCCUCUCUAUUCCUGACGUACCAGAGGCUAUAGGUUGUGAUAAAGGAGACCGGGUCCGCUUUAAGUCAGAUGUUCUUGAGUUUAAUCAGAUGUCUAGGUUAUUUAACCAGAAAUCUUCUCUACAAGGUAAAGUCCCAUCUGGGUACCUCAAUUCUCUGUUUGAUCUCACUGGUUCCUGGCUCAACGACAGAGAAGACACCAAGUUUCUUGCUUUCGAUGGUUACUUUAUAUCUCUCUGCUAUUUACAUCUCAAAGAAUCUCCACUUAUACUCAGAGAGAAUGUUAAGAAAGCAGUUCCAUCUUAUUGGGAUCCAUUAUCAUUAUCCAGAUUCAUCGAGACAUAUGGAACACACAUAAUUGUGGGAAUGACUGUUGGAGGUCAAGAUUUAGUUUGUGUUAAGCAGAGAGCAAGUUCAUCAAUCCCACCUAGUGAACUAAGAGGUUAUUUGGAGGAUAUUGGAGAUUGUUUAUUUUCAGAUGGAGAAAACCCUUCUUUACUAGAUAUAAGAUCAAGAGAUGGGAGGCACAAGGUUCCUGAAGUGGUGAAACGGGUGUUGCAGCCCCAGUCGAUGCGAUUUAGUAAUGUUACUGAAACUUCAAGCAAGGAUGGACUCACUAUUAUUUGUUCGAGAAGGGGAGGGAAUGUGUUGUCAAAGAGCCACUCCGCGUGGCUUCAGACAGUUUCAGGUAAUCCAGAGGCGAUUUGCUUUAAAUUUGUUCCCAUUACUUCUCUUCUAACCGGGAUCCCAGGAAGUGGCUAUCUCAGUCAUGCCAUCAACUUAUAUCUACGUUAUAAGCCAAGCCGAGAAGAUUUGCAGUGCUUUUUGGAAUUCCAGGUUCCUCAGCAAUGGGCACCGACGUUCUGUGAGCUCCCUCUUAGACACGAAAGAAGGAAUACAACCCGUGCCUCUCUACAAUUUAGUUUCAUGGGUCCCAAGAUUCUUGUCAGCUCUAGUCAGGUUUGCAGUGAGAAGAAACCGGUUUUAGGAUUGCGGUUGUUUCUAGAAGGGAAAAAAAGCAAUGGGUUGGGGAUACACUUACAGCAUCUAUCUAGCAUGCCAAAUAUAAUGACUUGCCGAUCAUCAUUCGAUCCAUCAUCAACAACCCGUAAACCAUGUCAAUGGCGAGGCUCCAACGACUACGAGUCGAGUCCAAAGUUUCUGGAACCAGUUAAUUGGAAGAGAUACUCUAAGGUAUGCUCCACUGUAGUGAAACACGACCCGAAAUGGAUUCAAGAGACUAGCGGGGUUUUUAUAGUGACCGGCGCCCAACUCGUUUGCAGUAAAUCUAUACUGCACCUCCGGCUGCUAUUCACACACAUCCCCAACUGUUCUAUUAGGAAAACUGAAUGGGUCAGUGCACCUCCAGCAGAUUCUCGCAAAGCCAACAUUCUAUCGAAUCUCAGCACCACUUUCACGUUUUUGACUGCUAAUAUUACAGAUGCUCCUCCAAAACAGCAUAAAUUAGAAUCUCUAAAUUCUGGUGUAUACUCUUCAGGUCCUCCUGUACCUGUCCGUUCUAAGAAGUUUCUAAAGUAUGUUGAGACAGCCGAAGUGGUUCGAGGCCCACAUGACACACCAGGGCAUUGGCUAGUGACGGCUGCUAAACUGGUUUCUGAGAAUGGUAAAAUCGGAUUGCAUGUGAAGUUUGCUUUACUGGAAUAUUGAGCCAGUUUAUCUCAUUUUCUUCUUGGUCAUGUUUGUUUUGGCCUAAAUAAAUGCAUAAAUAUAUAUAUGUAUAUUUUAUUUCCCUUGAGUUUGGUAAAAGCCAGAGUGCCAGCCAGACCAGGAUUUAUGUGUGUACAGAAAAAUAGCUAAAAGAAAUAAGUCCAUUUGGAAUUUUGCAUUUCAAAACACAGCUUGUUUGAUUG